AAAAAGUUAAACAAAAAUGCCUAAAUACCCACUGUAUAUAAGUCAAUGUUUCCGCCUUAUCUCUAUACAUUACAAUGAAUAUAUCUGCAAAAUCGUCAACAGAGUGCGACUAUAACAUUAGGUUUUCGUAAACAUCCCGAGAAGCACGCUCACAAUGGAAUUAUUAACUGAAGAAGAAAUUAAAUCAAUUGCGAAAAAACGUGGUUUUAAUAAAGUGCUAAAAUGGAGACUGGAGGACUUUCCUGAUAAAGUUCUUGGGUAUUUAGGAGACCAUAUGAAACUGUUCUUGUAUGUGGAGCAGAAUGGGACCAGUUCAACUCUCAAUCUGUUCGUGAAGUGCUUGCCAAGAUUUGACGAAUGGAAGGCAGAAUACAUAAAAGAGCUUGGAUUUUUCAACAAGGAGUAUGUCAUGUUAAGCCAACUUUUUAAUCAUUUUGAAAAUGGUACAGGAUACCGCAAAUGGCGUCCAGAACUGCUAUUUAUAAAGGAAAAUGUUUUUGUAUUUGAAAACGUCUCAUUUUAUGGAUACGUGAUGCCCUGUCAGCAGGACACGAUGGGUUUCGAAGAACUAAAGGCGUCAGUUGAAACAUUAGCACAGUUUCAUGCACAGUCCUAUAUAUAUGAAGAGAGAAAAAGUAAGAAACUUGGUAGACCUUAUAGGAUAUGGGAAGAUUAUAGUGAAUACCUAAAUGAACCCACUUUUCGUAAUGAUUGGCGGGACACAGGAAGAAACGCAGUCAUGGAUUAUCUGAAAGUCUAUUCUAAGUACAAGUCUGAACCAAACUUCAAUAGAUACAUAGACUCAAUAGUGCCAGGAUUAUAUGUGAAAUCCGUAGAGCUGAUGCAACCUAGUAAAAAAUAUCGGAACGCAGUAGUUCAUCGCGAUCUUUGGAGCAACAAUAUUUUGGUGAAGAAGGAACAGAACUCAUCACCUCAUGUCCUGAUCGUUGAUUUUCAAACUGUUAUAUAUACGUCUCCAUUGCUUGACCUUUCAUCGUUGAUAUAUUUUAAUACUACCAGAGCAGAUAGAGAUACUUGGACUGAUGAUUUCAUAGAAGUUUACUAUGCUGUGUUAUCUGAAGAACUAGAAGCUGCGGGGAUAGAUGUAAACACGAUAUUUGACAAGGCUUCACUGAGAGACGCUUAUGAGGAAAGUAGGUUGUUUGGAAUAACACAGUCGGCUAUCAUAACUCCUGUUAUAGCAAUGAGUAAAGAAAAAAGCGAGGCGAUAUUUGGUGAUCCAGAAUUGUCAAGACGAGCUAAUGUAGAAACUCGGAGUCAAGAAAUUAUUGAUGUCGCAAAAGAAGAUGAGAAAUAUAAAGCUAGAGUAACGGAAUUGUUUGAUGAAAUAGUUGAACGAUAUGUAUUCCCAAAAUCAUCUACGUACCGCAAUUAAAGCUGCUGGUAGAAGAGAUAAUACCUAAGUAUUUUAAUAAAGUCCCAAAUUGUAACAAUAAAGGGAAGACUUUCAUUUAUUCAUAGAUAUCUGCUUAUAUUUUACAAUUGAAAUUGUUCAUAUUUAUUUCUUGUUGCACCUUAUCUACGGCUACUUAUUUCUUAAUUAUGUACGAUAGCUAAUGCUAAUAAUAAAGUAUUAAACUAAAUAAAUAAAGUCUUGUCACAACACGUUUAUUAAUUAUCUACUUACUUUACUAAGUAUAUUUCAAACCAGUGUCUUAUCUCAGUCGUGUUAAAUAUUGAUAAAUAAAAAACCGACUUCCAAAAACUAAUAACAAACGAAAGGUUAAAACUAAAAAGCAAAAUAUAAUUAGUGAUUAAACGAACUUACCUAAGUGAUGUUCUAUCACAAUUAUACGAGUUGCUUCGUCCGAAGAGAUUAGGUCCCUCCCUCCCUAGUUAAAAGUAAGUAUAUACCCCCAUUGGUGAAAUAUUAAAUUCGAUUUGAGCUCCAGACUUUCAACUAAAUGAGUAGCCGGUCAACCAAUGUUCCUAGUAGUAUUGCGAGUACCCUCAACAUUUUUUUUUUUGCUUUUAACUUAGUGGAUGAAAGGCGACACGAUAUGCGUUACUACAAAUUACUACCUAAUCUCGAAGGACGGAGCAACGAAUGUAUAAUUAUUAUUAGUACUGAUAGGUUACCCACCCACUGAUAGGUUUGUAAUAUCCCCAUCAGAAUAAGUGAGCACUGCAUGGCUCCUAUAGGUACAAGCUUCGCAUGCGGCGGGCACAACGACUUACAUGAGUUCACUUAGGAGACUUACGGCUCCCUCGAGUCUCGCACUUAUCAAUAUCAUAUAUUGUAUUCCUAAUUUAUGUAUUGUAUUGAAUAUUCACAAAUUGGUUAUUAAAUUAAAAAAAAGAAACAUCACAUCAACAACCUGUUAGUGGCCACUGCUGACCAAAGGCCUCUUCUCACACGGAAAAGGUUUGAGCAUUACCUAAUCGCCUGGCUUGCUCAAUGCGGGUUGGCGAUUUCAAACUUAUAAUUAGAAAUUAGUAGUAUAUUAUAGUCCAUGCUUCCUCACGAUGUUUUCUUUCACCGUUUGUCAGUGGUGUCUAAAUAAUCUUAGAAAGUACAUAUAACUCGGAAAUAGUCACAUUGGUAGGUGCUUGCCGUUGGCAGGUUACGAACCCGCACUAUCAUGCAUGAAAAGCUGGAGUCUUACACAUACGUAAAAAGAACACGACUAUGAAUUCCAACAUUUCUUAAACUAUCAUAUCAAUUACAGUGUUUACCAUGAUUAAUUUAAACGUAGCAUAUAUCAAUAUUAACUUAGCGAUUCUAAUUGUUAUGUAGUAGUUAUUCUAUUAUCACAUUCAUUUGGUCCCGCUUACUGUAGUUGUACCAGCAACAUCUAGUAAUCCACGUACCUACCUCAUUAAUUUUUUGUUAAAUAUGGCGACUACAGCUGCAGAAGAAAAUACACAAGUAAACCACAUAACUGAAGAAGAUAUUAAACUCAUUUUAGCACAUUACAAUCGUGGCAAUGAAGAAAUUGUAAUAGAAGAUUACUCAGUUCACAAUGCUAGUGAUAAAAUGUUGGGAUUUUUGGCUGAAUACUGGAAAGUGAAAGUGCUGUUAUCAAGUCAAAAAGUUCUUCAUUUCUUCAUCAAGGCCAUUUCGAGAUCCAAUGCAGCUAAAGCAAGUAUGAUAAAAGAAAUGCGUCUGUACGAUAAAGAAGCGUUUUUUUAUUCUGUGAUCAAGGAAAAUAUUGAAGUGCCGGGUAUCAAACCCUGGGCAGCGCGGCUAAUAACAGCGCUAAAUGACGCAAUGGUUUUUGAAGAUUUAAAUGCAAAACAAUAUAAAUUGCGAAACAAAUUCGCGAGGUUUGACAUGGCUCACACUCUUCAGGCGUUGAACACAUUAGCUAGGUGUCAUGCAUGCUCAAUCAUUUAUGAAGAGAAGAAAACUAAAGAAAAUGGAACAAAGUACAGCAUAAAUGAUGACUAUGAAAAGUCUUUGGACAAUGGUGGUUACAAUCUAUCUUCGGAGUGGUUCUAUCAGUGCAUGAUAGGAGCAUUAGAAACUAUGAAAUCACUAUCGGACUUCAAUGAAGCAGACAUUAAUUUGAUCGAAAGUUGCUGGCAAGAUGUUUGGUCUACUGCUUUAAGUUUAGGCAAUUAUUCUUCUCAUCAGAAGAAUGUAAUCUGCCAUGGGGAUUUGUGGAACAAUAAUAUUAUGUUUCAUUACAAGGAUGACAAGAACUUAUUGGAGCCAGAUGACUGCGUACUGGUUGAUUUCCAGGCGAUCAGGUACCAACCACCUGCUGGGGAUGUCAUGUUACUACUCUGUUGUAAUCUAGAUCCAAAAUUCAGAGAAGAAAACCUUGACACGUUUUUGAACUUCUAUUACGAAGAACUAGGUAAAAUACUUGAUGAUUAUAAUGUAAAAAUUGAAGAAGUAAUGUCGAAACCAGAAUUUAUGACGUCUGCUGAAGAACAAAGGCAAUGGGGUCUCAUUGUAUGUGCCUGCCUAAUACCACAGUUUUGGAUAGACGACGACCUAACGACAAAAAUAUUCUGCGACAAUAAGCAAUUUGACGAGAAUUUAUCAAAAAAUAAAGGAUUAUUUAUUAAGAAAAUGAUGCAAGAAAAUUCUGAUUACAGACAGAAAGUCAUGGAAAUCUUUAACGAAGUUGCAGAUAGAUAUUGUUUACAUCGCAAAUAGUAUAUUAAUCUG